AUGUUCCAGUCCUUCACGGGCAACUCACGCCGUCCGCGGCAGGUGAAUCUCGGAGGCCGCACUACGAACCCUUUCGCCGCAUACCCCGCCGGUCGACAGAACCCCCACGGAUCUGGCCCGCAGAAUACUCUGGCAAUUGCGCAGCAGGAGCGCUUAGCGAGACAACAGGAAAGAGAACGGCUGAAUGCUAGUCGGAUCAUCCAGCGGACAUGGCGGGGCUAUCGGUGUCGGAGGACAGUGCGGCAGACAUUUCGUACAGAGUGGGAUGCUAGGGAGCAGCAGAGAUCGGGGCAACUGCCGCAGUUCGAAGAGCUGGCCAAACGCUCGGAUGUCACCCUGGAUUCUUUGACUCCGUAUGGGACUGCGGCGGAAUGCUUAUCUCAGUUACGGCUGCUAGUCCAAUUCAUGGAGCCACGGGAGAACGGGGACAUCGUCCGACUCGUUUGGUUCUCCCGUGCCUUUCAGCAGACCCUGCAGGAAGUGCCCACGAUUGCGACCGAAGGGGAAUGGACGACUCCGUUGAGGCGGCUCGCACGACUGACUCUGAGGGUGUUGCAGUUGGCGACCUCGCCUUCAACGCCUGCCUUUGCCACGGUCCCUCUGUUGAAGCUGCUGGUCUUCUUGACCGGACUUAUACCGAAACAAGUGGCACGGCUUGCACAGGUGUAUUACUCCGUUAUGGCGUCGCUCACGAAGAACAUCGGGUCCCUUGCCGACAGGUCUCAUCUAUCCGGAGACCAUCUCGCCCAUAGCGUUCUAGCUCUGCUGCGACCGAUAACAUCAGAAACUCUUACUGCGUAUGAGUGGUUUGCAAAGAGCUAUCUAACCGUCCCGGAUCUCCGGUCCUAUCUAGGGACGCUGGACACAUUGGCCAACAACAUCAACUAUAAGCUACUCACGUCGGUGUUGGGCUCUUUACAGUCGCAAGCUCUUGAUCCAAACCAGACUUCCCAGGAUGUAGAGGCUCGUCUCUGGCUACUUGCUUAUUUCAUCUACUUCCACCGAUAUGCCCUGGGUGGUCAAGCUGGGCAGCAAGCACCGGAACCAGAGUUUGUGAAAGUGAUCUCAGAGCUGCUCAAUUCCACUGCAGUCCACAUCUCGCGACGGCUGGAGUCCGAGGAUGCUGCUGAUGAAGAUUCUGUUGAGCGAACACCGCUGCACCCGUUCGUCAAGGAGCAGCUGGUCAGUCUGGUCAACCAGAGGAGUAUUACUGGACUUCUAUCCCAGCUCCAGUCCACCACGUUGUCCCAGGGCGAGCUUGCAGAUGCGCAGUCAGACGCAUCCAGAGAGGCCAAAAUCUUGGCUACGUACGCGUUGACUCUUUUGAGGGUCUUUCCUAGACGGGGAGAUGACAUCCGAAUGUGGUUGUAUUUGGGAUCUGCCACAUCUAGUGACCAGACGACGGGUGGUCCAGGCUCACGCAUUCCUGCGAUUAAAUAUUUCUGGCAGGCGUCUCGAGCCAGCAGAAUUUUUGCGACCAUCAGCCAGGACUCUACAAAAGUGUUGUCGUUACUGAAGCCUGCGAAUGAUUCCAAGGAUGCCAGGGGUUCGAGUAUGUCACAGACUGAGAGAGACGAGGAAUGGAUGAUCAUUCUUCUUUUCCUCGAGCUUUACACGUUCGUUUUGAAGGUGAUGGACGAUGAGGAGUUUUUCUCAAGCGAUUCCUCAUUCACCGCCUCUUCGAACACGCAGAUCUCGUGGACCAAGGAGAGUGCGUUACCGCUGAAGGAUAUCAAAGACAUGACCGUCUUCCUCAAGAACCUGGCGUUUACUUUGUAUUGGAAUUCGGCCGAUCUCAACGAAAAUGAACCUACAACGCACGAUACUGGAGGAAUUCGCAGUUAUUUCGGCUCUCUUCCCCCUCCAUCCGAGUCGAUCACAAGUGUCAAGGAUCUUGAACUGAAGAACAAGGAGAAAGGCCUACCGGGCGUCACUGGGAUACCGUUAGAUUACUUCAAAGGCCUGGUGACGGGCCUGCUACGGAUGAUCCAUGAACGUGAUUCGAGGCGCAAGUUCCUUCCAGAGGGACACUGGUUAAUGACCAACCGUUUUGACAUGGAAGGUUUCAUACCGGCUGUCGUGGCGGAGGAGGAGAAUAGACAUCAACUUCAGGAUGACGAAGACGAAGAAGAUCCGGACUCCCUCAUGGACGACGCAUACUAUGAGCCAUCUCUGGGACUGAUUGGGACCGGACGUGCCCAGCAAACCCGCCGGAUUGAGGCUCUUCGCCGACGCCAGCAACAAGCCGCUCGAAGAAAGCAGCUGGAGGCCGUGGCACCUCGGCUGGAGAUUCUUCGAAACAUGCCGUUCUUCAUUCCUUUCCCGACACGUGUGCAGAUAUUCCGCGAAUUCAUCUACCGUGACCAGAUGCGAAGAAGGCAGGGUUUUAUUGAUCCGGAUGCCUGGCGGAUGUCCGUGGCCCAUGCUUCCAUGGGCCGUCUUCUUGAAGGGCGUUCGGCGGCGCAGGACAUCCUCAGUCGACACCAUGCGAACAUCCGGCGCGAAAGCGUGUUUGAGGACGCCUUUGAUCAGUUCUAUGAGCUCGGCGAGGGCUUGAAAGAACCGAUUCAGAUCACGUUUAUUGACAAAUUCAACACAGCCGAGGCGGGUAUUGAUGGUGGCGGUGUGACGAAAGAAUUCUUAACCAGCGUCACAAAUGAGGCCUUCCGAUCCACGAACGAUUCCAACCUCUUUGAGGAGAACGACCAACACCUGCUUUAUCCGAACCCCGCGGCGGUGGAACGGCAGCGACAUCUGCUGCGGCAACUUGGGUUCACCGAGGGUAGUCCGGAGUGGAACGACGGGAUCCGCGAGUUGCUCCGGCGAUAUGAGUUCCUGGGACGGGUGAUCGGCAAAUGUCUCUACGAAGGGAUCCUGGUGGAUGUAAACUUUGCGCCAUUCUUCCUGCUGAAGUGGGCGUUGACCGGGGGUACUGGGUCCGCCCAGCGCGAGACUGCAUACCGGGCUAAUCUGAAUGAUCUGAAAGACCUUGACCAGGGUCUGUAUCAGGGAUUGCUCCAACUGAAAAAUUACCCCGGAGAUGUGGAAGAUUUUGCUUUGAACUUCACGGUCACGGACACGAUUCCCCUUGCGGAGUCGGAGAGUCGCACGGUGACGCGGGACUUGAAGCCGCACGGGUCGGAGAUCCCGGUGACGAACCAGAACCGACUGGUGUAUAUCUCGUACAUAGCACGGUACCGUCUCCAGGUCCAACCGGCGUUACAAACCAAUGCUUUCUUGCAAGGACUGGGUCAGAUCAUCCAGCCGUCGUGGCUGUCGAUGUUCAACCAGUCGGAGCUGCAGACCCUGGUGCGCGGGGAGUCCGGGGACGUGGAUGUGGCAGAUCUGCGACGGAACACGCUCUACGGUGGAGUGUACAGCAUCGGUGAUGACGGGAAAGAGCACCCGACGGUCCAGCUCUUCUGGGAGGUAAUGGAGAAGAUGACGAACGAGGAGCGACAGAAGGUGUUGCGGUUUGUGACGUCGACACCGCGUGCCCCGUUACUGGGAUUUAGUCACCUCAACCCGCGGUUCAGCAUCCGGGACUCGAGUGACGACCAGGAGCGACUCCCAAGCACGAGCACAUGUGUAAAUCUGCUCAAGUUGCCGCGAUAUACUGACGCCAACACUCUGCGGGAGAAGCUGCUGUAUGCAGUAAAUUCGGGGGCCGGGUUUGACCUGAGCUGA